AUGGCGCGGUUAUCGGAUAGAGAGGAGAAGCAGCUCAUCCUCCACCCCGAGUUACUUCACAAAAUUCUCAUGGACUAUUUAGAAAAAGAUGACGAUAUUCUCAACUUCAUCCUUGCAAGCAAAGUCUACUACGAGCAGUUUUACGACACUCUCCUCCUCCACAACGCGCUCCGUGGCGGAUGUACGGCGUUAGAGGGGGCUGUGAAAACGGCCAACAAGGCCAUGAUGAAAAAGAUACUCGAAAUUCCAAUCAUAGAGACGGCUGCGCCUCGCAAUAUAUGGCCAAGGAUGGUCGACAGUGCUAGAGCCCACAAGGAUCUGGUGAACCUUUUACUGCAGGUCGACUGCGUCCAGGCCAGCAUCAACGAAGAAGCCCGCGAGAUUAAAAUCAAAGAAAGGGAGACUUGGAAAGAGCGCAAAUUCAACGAUUCAUGGCUGCAGGUAAUGUGGAACGCUAUCAAGUCCGACCAAGUGGAUGUGGUAGAGCUAUUUCUUUCUCUCGGCCUGACAGUAGAGUCGUGCGAUCAAGAUGGCUCGACGGCUUUACACAUAGCGGCUAAAGGCCGUGAAAAAGAGUCUCUCGUCCAACAUUUGCUGGAAAAAUAUGGAGCUGAUCCGAACAAACUUGCUGUGAAACUGCGUCCAGUUGGGCACUCGCCUCUUCGUCGGGCGGCUAAGAAAGGCAACACUAAAGUUGUCAAGCUGCUACUCGAAUAUGGCGCAGAUCCCUGUUGUGGACAACCCGGGUCAUUUUGUCAGGCUUUAGCAGCGGCAGUCGCAAAGGACCACAAGGAUAUUGUGGACGUGUUGUCGCGAGAUGAGCGAAUCGAGCUCAAUGCACAUGAUGCUGGUGGCAUACCAAUCCUGAGCCGUGCUGUCAUGAAUGAGAAGACAGAUAUCGUGCAAAUGUUGCUUGGAAAUAAACGAAUCGAUCCAAACGUGACAACAGUCAAUGGAAAAUCCCCGCUAAUGAUUGCCGCCGAAGGUGUUGGUUUCCGUGCUGAAGUCAGCGGGUUGGCAAUUACAAAGCUGCUUCUGUCUGACAAAAGGGUCGACAUGUUCCUGAAGGAUAACAAUGGGUGGAAUGCGCUGUUCCAUGCCGCAAAUUCUGGCCAACAUGAAGUCUUGGAGAUGUAUCUGAAGGACGGCAGACUUGAUCCAAACGAAGCCGAUGUGAAUCUAAAUACACCAGUCUCAUGCACUCGGAUUAACAAGUGCCUCAAACUUCUCAUCAAUGAUCCGAGGGUUGAUCUGAACAAAGCGAAUAAUGAGGGCAUGACACCGCUCAUGCAAAACGUAUCUUGGGAAUGGAAAGGCAAUGUUGAGCAGUUGUUAAACUCAGGCCGCGUCGAUGUGAAUCAGACAAACCACCAGGGGAACACGGCAAUGAUGAUGGCAAUUUCUAAGCCUGACCCCAUGUCCGACAUGGAAGUUCUUGCCUGCUGCGGCAUAGUGCGGUGCAUACUCCGUUCGGGACGAGUGAAGCUCGAUCUGGUAAAUGCAAAUGGCGAAACAGCGCUGAUGCUGGCCGUGAAAAAAGGAAUGGAGAAUGCUGCCAAGAUGAUUCUGGCCACAGGCCAUUGCUUGAUAGAUAUCAAAGAUGCAAAUGGAGUAACAAUGAUUGAAUACGCCAUCCAGAAAGACUCCAAGGGGAUUGUAGACAUGCUGCUGAAGACGGGCGAGGCGCAAGUGACACGGGAAAUCAUUGAGAGUGCUCAGUCGGAGGACAUUCGGGACAUGUUGGUGAGAUACAAGGAUAUGAUGGAGAAGAGAGCAGAGAGUUCUACUUUGGCCUGA